GGCCAAUCACGGAUGAUGGGCGUGUCUAUAGUGACAAAAACUCCAGAGAUUGGGAUAUCUUUAAUGCCUGGUUACUUCCUGGAAGCACGUUGCCGGCAGGGGUGUGGAAACCCUGAAACAGAAGCUAUGGUGGCCAAACCCAAGCUCUACUACUUUCAUGGCAGGGGCAGGAUGGAGUCCAUUCGCUGGCUGUUGGCUGCAGCUGGAGUGGAGUUUGAAGAAGAAUUUCUUGAAACAAGAGAACAAUAUGAGAAGCUGCAGAAUGAUGGGCACCUGCUUUUUGGCCAGGUCCCUCUGGUUGAAAUUGAUGGAAUGAUGCUGACUCAGACUAGAGCCAUCCUCAGCUACCUUGCUGCCAAGUACAACUUGUACGGGAAGGACCUGAAGGAGAGAGCCAGGAUUGACAUGUAUGCAGAUGGAACCCUGGACCUGAUGCUAAUGAUUGCAGGAACUGCUUUUAAGCCCCCGGAAGAAAAAGAGACAAAUCUUGCUUCAAUCCUGGAGAAAGCUAAAACCCGUUACUUGCCUGUGUUUGAAAAGGUUUUAAAAGACCAUGGAGAAAAUUUUCUUGUUGGUAACAAUUUCAGUUGGGCAGACAUACAAUUGUUGGAAGCUAUCUUAAUGGUGGAGGAACUUGAUGCCUCUAUUCUUUCUGACUUCCCUCUGCUAAAGGCCUUCAAAACAAGAAUCAGCAACAUGCCUACAAUUAAGAAAUUUCUGCAGCCCGGGAGCCAGCGGAAGUCUCCCCCAGAUAGUCACUAUGUGAAAGUCGUUAGGGACGUUCUGCAGUUCUAACAGCAGGCAGGCCUUACAAUGAAUACAAUAAUGACAAGAUCACUUCAACAUAUGCCACUAAUCCAAGAAAACUAGAUUUUAGAAGUGUCCAAAAAUGACAGAUCCAUAAUGCUAUCAAUAGCAAACACUGAUUAAAUGCAAUAUGAAACCAUCCUGAUGCAUGGAUUAUUUAAAAAAUAAAACCCAAUAAAAAUAAAUAAAACAUCAA